AUGAAUCAAAAUCAAAUGAGUUAUUUUUAUCUUUAUGAAGCAAUUUAUCCCGAACUAACAUUAGCGCCAAAUGCAAUAAGGUUCGGAGAUCCUGACAAUUCGGUUGAUGACGAUGAUUCAGUAGAAAGUUCAGAUAGCAUCGAUAGUCAUGAAUUUGAUUCGUCUUAUAACAGUGAUGAAAGCGAGGAGUUAUUCUUUCAAGUUUAUUCCGACGAUUUUUUCACCAAUAAUGGCAGCGAUAAAGUUUCCUCUAGCAAAAGCUCGAGGCAUGAUAUUAUGGUUCAAAAUAGUGAUUCUGUAGGUGAAGGAAGUUCACUUCAAAAUGGUGAAAAUAGAAAAGAUACCAAUUUUUCAAAUGAAGAAAGCAUAUUUCAGAAUAUUAAUAGAGAUGGGAUUGUUAAUUCUAAUGUCGUCAGAAAAGUUACUUUCAAUAAUUCAAAUGGUAAAAAUACGAUGCAGGGUAUUGUUAGAAAAGAUGGUUGUUUUAACAACGAAAAUAGGAUGCAGAAUACAACAACUAUUAAAAAACGUGGAUAUAGUUAUUCUGAUAAAGAAUGUAUCCUACAGGAUGAUUGUCUUAUUGAUCCGGAACAAGAUAUUGACAACUCUAUUGAUGGUUAUUUAGUUCAUGACUAUUCGGAAGUUUCAUCACAAAGAAGCCUUGAUCUGCUGUCAGAUAAUAAUUUAAGCGACUUUGAAUCUCUUCAAGAUAUGCUUGACAUAGAAGCCGAGAAUGAUGACUGCUUUUCUGACGAAGAUUUUGAUAAUUCUAUACAAAAUAUUUCCAGUUACAAAAUUGAAUACUCUAAUAAUACAUUGAAUACGGAAAUUACAUUGAAUACGGAAAUUACAUUGAAUACGGAAAUUACAUUGAAUAUGGAAACAUUGAAUAUGGAAACAUUGAAUAUGGAACCAAUGAAUACAGAAUCAUUGAAUACAGAAUCAUCGAAUGCGGAAACAUUGAAUACGGAAACAUUGAAUAUGGAAACAUUGAAUACGGAAUCAUCAAAUGUGGAAUCAUUGAAUACGGAGUCAUCGAAUGUGGAAUCAUUGAAUACGGAAUCAUUGAACAUGGAAACUUUGAAUACGGAAACUUUGAAUACAGAAACUUUGAAUACGGAAACUUUGAAUGCGGAAACAUUGAAUACGGAAAUAAACAACGAUUCCCAUCAGCAACUAAUUUCAAAUGAUGAUAAAAUUUUGGAUCAUGAUUUGCCCCAGGAUGGUGAUUUCUUUAGUUUCUCAGCUACAACGGUGCCCUUAUCAUAUCCAUUAGUCGUAAUAAAUUCAGAUACAAGAGUACCAUAUAUUACUCCACCAAAGUCAUCGAUUCCACUGACUCCAAGAGCAAGAAGUGUAUCUUCAUCAGGUGAUAGAUCUGAAUCCCCAACAAUUGGAUUACCUCAUGUUGAAUUCGUGUCACCACCAUCAUCUUUAUCAUCGCAAGACUCCCAAGAUGGUGUACGUUAUAAUAAAAUCCUCAAGAAAGAUAAUAAAAAAAUCAAUCGCCACCGUUCAAAAAGUGUAGGUUCGAAAUACCACUCUUUGCGUUCUCGACCAGUUAAAUAUCAAAGUUCGAAUAAUAAUAACAAGCAAUCUCUUCAGGGAGGACAUAAAUCCGAUCACACACGCACGAAAAAAAGUGUCAUGUCAUUUGUAUGUCGUAAUUGUAACACGACUUUUACAAAUUCAAAGAAAUUACGAGAACAUUGUCGAACUCACGUAGGCGAAAGACCGUUUGUUUGUACGAUAAAAGGGUGUGAUAAAACAUACACAAAAGCAAGUCAAUUAAAAGCACAUAUAAAGACUCAUUCAAGACAGAAUAAUAUUAUCUUUAACAAGAUCCAUUUGUAA